AUGGCCACGAUUGAUUAUGCGCGUCUGCGCAACCAGACCAUGGCCGACGGCUUCGAUAGCGAGGUUACUGUCAAUACAAGAGCAUUAAUAGACAAGGUCUUGGCACGGUAUUCUAGCGAACACACGACUUUACGAGAGCUCAUACAAAACGCCGCCGACGCCAAGGCCAACAAGGUUACGAUCAGGCUUGAGACGGAUCCUUCUUUAAAUGUACCCGCACCGCAAGGUGCAGAUGAUUCCAUUCUUUUGAAGCAUGUCAUUCAACAUCAUACCCUGAAGCGAUUAGUCGUAACUAAUAAUGGUCAACCCUUCACUCCCGCAGACUGGAGUCGCCUCAAGAGUAUUGCAGACGGAAAUCCGGAUGAGACCAAGAUUGGUGCCUUUGGUGUCGGUUUCUACAGCGUCUUUGCUGAUUGUGACGAACCCUUUGUUGUCUCUGGGGAUAAAACCAUGGCAUUCUACUGGAAAGGCAACACAUUAUCAACCAAGAUUUCAACGGUACCACCUGGACAUACGACCAAAGACACCAUCUUUUCAUUAGAUUACCGACAAGCCAAUACAGCAUCACCAUCUUACAAUCCUUCAAAACUGCCAAAUUUACCUUCGCUGUGCCAGUUCUUGGCUACCAGUCUGACCUUUGUCGGCCUCGAGUCUAUCGAACUCCAUGUCGACGAUUACGUGGUAGCGUCUUUCUCAAAAAAGAUUUCUCCGCCUGAACAAGUCACGGUUUCGCAGGGCCUGAAGACAGAGACCGAGGGUGGGCUCAUGCGCGUGACCAACGUCACAAGACAGCAUUCGCAAAUUGAUGCGAGUUGGCUUAAUGUGAUUGCUUCUGCGCAACUUGCGCCCAAGCGAGCUGCGGAAAUUGUACAGCAAGAAGUUCGCAACGCUGGCUCCUCGUUACGCAGCUUUUUCUCCAAGUUUGCAGCACCUCCACCCCCAGCUGCCAAGGUUAUCAAACCAGCACCCUCCGAGAAGCCUGAUGCGAGUCUUGAGAUUGCUGGCGAAUCUAAGAGCACCAUUUUCCUCCAAGUUUGCAAUGUGGAGGUCGCGACGCGUGUUUCACGGAAUUUUGCGGCAGAGAUUGAACGGGCUACCAAAAAGCCUCCGCCAAAGACCACCAGAAUUGCUUUACUGACGUCGCCCUAUCAAGAUCCUACCAGUACAGUCACCUCUGGGUCAGGCAACACGGCUGAUCUUGGUUCCCAAAUCUUCGCCCAAGUCUUGCCCACAAAGUCGGGUCGCAUCUUUAUUGGUUUCCCAACUGCACAAACGACUGGCUAUCUCGCCCACGUUUCUGCGCCAUCUCUUAUACCAACAGUCGAAAGAGAGAAUGUGGAUAUGAAUGCCCGUUACAUUUCAACCUGGAACAUUGAGCUGCUGCGUGUAGCUGGGCUGGCGUGUCGCAUGACCUACAUGUUUGAAAUGAAUGCAAUACACGAUAUGUUUGGCAAAGAACCCAUGGAGUCCUUGGUUGCUAGAGCCGUUUACAUUUUUCAACAGUACACGGCCAAUGCUUCGCAUCCUUCCACCUCAUUGGGCGAAAAGAUAGACGAGGCCUUUUGGACUUGUUCCAAGGAACGCUCCAUUUCCAUAUUAUCGACCAAGGGCAUCAUGCCAAGCAAGAAUGUACGCAUGCCGGCAGAAACUUUGAGCUUCCUCGGGCAAGUCCCCAUGGUACCACAGGAGCUUGCGAAUGGGGCUGUAACUUUCAUGCUCAGUCUUCAUAAUCGUGGCUUUAUCACAGAUUUGACAAUGGGUGACAUUCGACGAGGCCUCGAGUCUCGCGCAUUAAACGAAGAAGAGCUUAUAGAAUUCCUUAAAUGGUGCGGCGCAAAACUCGAGACAGGGGAGAUCGAUGUGCCAGGCUCCCGUAGCCUUUUUGAGGUUACUGUAGCCAACAUUGAUGUGCAGCCUGAAAAGAAUUCCGGCCGGAUUCUCGCUCUAGGGGACAUUAGCACCUACGUCAAUCCAGCCAGGAUCUCGCCUACUCUUCCUUUGCCUUCAGAUACCAUUCCUUUUGUCUUCACCCGUGGCAUGUCCGUUCGGCAGCUACAACUCUUUGGGUGGUUGGAGCUGUCCAUGGUUCGAUGGCUCCGACAUAUGACUUCCCAACCACAGCUGGAGGCCUUUUCUACAGACGAAGAAUUGGCUUUGUCAGUACUGACACUGACAUCAAAGUGCUGGGAACAGCUCGACGCAAGUUCCAAAGAAACCAUUGUCAAGAUUCUUACACCACACGCCAUUAUGCCAACCAAAUUAGGCAUGCGCCGACCAACAGAAACCUAUUUCCCUACGGUCAAACUUUUCGAUGAUUUGCCCACUGUAAAGACGUUUGCUGGGUCGAAGGAAAAAUUCUUACUGUCCCUUGGAGUGCGCAAAACUAUCGAUCUUCCUAUGGUGUUUGAUAGGAUGCGCAAUCGCGAUACACAACAAGAGGGCAAGGCCGCUUGGAACCACGUAGAUCUCAUUCGUUACUUUGCUUCCGUAAUUGACGAGAUUCCUAAACAGGAUCUGGACCGCUUACGGGAGACGCCCUUUCUGCCAGGGGAGGGUGCAUCAGUCAAGCCCAAUCAGUUGUUCAAGGUCUCAGAUCUACAUGCUCCGGAUCCCGCGAUACUGCCACUAGGAUUCCCUCAGAUCAAAUUGCCAUUCGAGUUUCGAUCUACCUCGCGCGAAGGCACUUUACUAUUGCGUUUGGGUCUCAAACAAUGGCCAGAUUCCAUUGCCGUUGCAAAGGUCUUGUACGAGGCUGGUCAGGAGAACGAUUCGAUACUUUAUAAGCUCGCCAUGGACUACUUUCUGCAAAAUUAUUACAAGAAUAUGUAUGCAGCCGAAGCACAGAGAUUCGCAACCCUCACAUGGCCCAUUUUGCCCACAGAACAGGCCCCAUUUCCUACUCUUGUCGGUCCAUUCCAAUGCUAUACAAACCAGAGCGCAGCUUUUCGGCGUCCAGAAAGAUCCAAGCAUAGCCCCGUGUGUGCAGUACUUGCUCAAAAAUCCCCCGAAGACCAAACUCGAUGCUGA